AUGGAAGAAGAAAUAAGAAAUUUAGAAUCUCCGGAAGUUCCGGAAAUACCAGAAAUACUAGAAAUUGGCGAGAUAAUACAAGAGCCACCACUACAACAAGAACCAUCAGUGGACGAAGAGUUAGCAGAACACAGAAAAUUAUUUCAAGAAGCAAUGAGCAAAAUGGAAAAUUUAGAGCUUUAUUCGGUCGGAGGGCCUCUCGGAGAAUACUACAAAGCUAUAAAAUCUUUUGCUUCGUUGAUGGCGAAACAAACAUCAAAAUUACCCGAUUUCCCUCCUCUUACAUCAAAUCAAACCGAUCUUAACACGUUAAAAGCCAUUGACGAAACAUUAUUGCGCUUGGAUGCUGAAAUAAUAAGUAGUGCUUCAGAUCAAAAACAACUAAAAAAACAGGAACAAUUGUGGCAAUCAUUUAUUGGGAUAGUUAAAGCGAGUAAACUGAAAUUACGUGAAUUUGAUUGGGUUUCUGAAUUAUCAACUAAAGUCGAAAAAGUCGAAUUUGAGGUGCAAAAAGUUGAAGCAAUGUUGGAGGGUGUACUUGAAUCUCGUAAUAAAUCACAUACUAACAAGAGUAACAAUAAUGAAGCUACCGUUGCUGAUGCUAAUUCCUUAUCUUUAUCGACAUCUUUAUUAAAUGAAUGGUAUAUGAAAAUUAUUGCAGUCGAAGAAUUGGAACAUGAAGUUAUUGAGAAAGUGCACGAAUUCGGUCAACUAUAUAAGCAGCCAAGAUUCCGAGCACCGCCCGAUCUAUCGAAACGUAUUGAGGUAUUAAUUGAGAAUUCUUUACCCUCACUGAAAUCAAAAAUAUCCGAUACCAAAGAGAUUCUUGCUCAUGAUCGUCGUAUUGGAAGAUGGUUUGACGGUUGCAAUGAAGCUGAUAAAUGGAUUUCUGAUACACUAAAUCGAGCCAAACAAUUGGAAGUCCCAGAUUUCAUCAAUAAACAUGAAUGGGAAGAAGAGGAGAAUAAUCUUGAAUCUUUAGUAGAAGCGAGAAGAAAAAUGAUUGAAAAUAUUGCCGAAGAUGCUAAACAAUUCCAUCAAGAGAAACUUGAGCAUCUCUAUCUAAAAGCUAAAGAUUUUAAAGAAGGGAUUAAAGAUCUCAAUGAUCAAGAAGAUCAAACGGUCAUACAAUUAAUGACAAAACAACAUAAGACAUUAGAUCAAAAAUAUAAUAAAUUAACAGAUUUUAUUACAUUCCUUUUAGAGCAAACCACCGUCGAAAAUUAUAGAAUCUUACUCAAUCAUCUGAAAUCAAUGCAAUCAAUGCGUACUAAUAUGCAAAAUAUUCGUAAACUGCUCAUUGAACAUAAUGAUGCUGAGUUAGUUGUCGAUGAUGUCAAUAAGGUUGAACAGGAAAUUAUUGAUUUUCAGCAACAGCUUCCCAAAAAUGAUAAUGAAGAUACGGCAUUAUCAAAAGCUUUGAGACAAAAACACAUAAAAUUAUUAGAUACAAUCAGAAAUAUCAAAAUUGCAUUAUCAGAAAAUCGACUCCAAAUGGCCGCCUAUCUAAGUCCGUCGAGUCCAAGUUCCCCAACAUCAUCUGCAUCAGAAUUCGAUCGUCUAUCAAUUGAUAUAAGUAAAAGAUUGGACAAUUUUCACGCAAGACUCGUAUCCCCUCCAACCUACAUGAUCGAUUCGGAUUCCGAAAAUGAAGAACCUGAACGUGUACAUGGUCUAACGUGUAAUGACGAUCAUAUCGUAGAUUUCACGGAAAUUUACGGUUCAAUCGAAUCGGAAUUGCUAUCAUUCGAACGAAGUCUUUGGGUAGAAUUCUGGGUGACAUGUGAACGCGCGAAACGCAUAAGAGGACAAGAGGCUACCGGGAGAAUUAAUGAAUUGGAAACUACUUUUAAUGAAGUUAAAAGACUAAUGAGGGAACGCAACAAUGAUCUUGCUGUUAUCAAAAAAGGACGUGAAUUUGCUAAAGGAAUAGCAAGAAUUCGUGAUGAGCUCGAUGUUGUAAAAGGGAAAAUGAGUAGAGGACAAGCUACAACUGAUUCAUCAAUACAAGAACUUGAUGAGCACAUGGUGGAAGCUAAAC